GCAGCCUUUUGCCCUCGCGCGCCGGGCCGUUCCAGGCUCUUCCUGCCCGGCCGCCUCGCGAGGUGCGAGCGCCCCAGUGUCCCCACCAUGUCCAUGCUGGCUGAGCGUCGGAGGAAGCAGAAAUGGGCUGUGGAUCCAAGAAACACUGCCUGGAGUAAUGAUGACUCUAAGUUUGGCCAGAGAAUGCUAGAGAAGAUGGGCUGGUCUAAAGGAAAGGGUUUGGGGGCCCAGGAGCAAGGAGCCACAGACCAUAUUAAAGUUCAAGUUAAAAAUAACCAUCUGGGACUUGGAGCCACAAACAAUAAUGAAGACAACUGGAUUGCAAAUCAGGAUGACUUUAACCAGCUUCUGGCUGAACUGAGCUCUCACCAUGGACAGGAGACAGCAGACUCUUCUGACCACAAGGAAAAGAAGUCUUUCAGCCUUGAGGAAAAGUCCAAAAUCUCCAAAAACCGGGUCCAUUAUAUGAAGUUUACAAAAGGGAAGGAUCUGUCAUCUCGGAGCAAAACAGACCUUGACUGCAUUUUUGGGAAAAGACAGAGCAAGAAGACUGCUGAGGAGGAGUGCAGCACCUCCACUCCAGAUGGGCAUGAGUCCUCCACCACCACAACCAGUGCCUUCACCAUCCAGGAGUAUUUUGCCAAGCGGAUGUCCCAGCUAAAGAACAAGUUGCAGACUGCAGCUCCAGGGCCCGACUUUUCAGAGACUCCAGUGGAACAGAAAAAGAGAAAGAAAACCACCAAAGAGACAGCAGGUAUAGACGCAGAGAAUGACCCCCAGCUGAAAGCCAAGCGGUCUAAAAAGAAAAAGCGUGAGGAGGAGAGCCAGGGACCUGUAUCCAAGAGGAAAGACCAAGGUGAGUGGCAGCCUGGAGGCCCCUGUGGGAAUGAGUGUUGCGAUGCUUCCGCCGAGGCUGCCGGAGAUUGUGUGCAACUCUCUGAUGACCAGGAUGACAUCCCAAAACCCAAAAAGAAGAGAGCAAAGAAAAAGCUGCCAAAGCCACUGGAAGUGGCAGUAGAUGCUGUGCUAGAUGACACGCCAGGAAGAAAGAAGAAGAAAAAGAAGCACGUUUCCAGAUGAAUUCUUGCCAGCGGGGGCCUUCCGACCCCUCUGCUAUCAGGCGCUGCCGGGCAAACUCUCUGGCCCAGAGUCAGAGCAGAGGGAGCCCCACGCAGAUGGGCUCGUCUUUUAACAUGCCCGUGAACCGCCAGGUCUCGCCCGCUCACCACCCCAUCUUACCCAGAUCACCUUCCAGGAGAACUGAUCUUAAUGUUCCAGAUCAUGGCUCUCAAACAAAUAAAUUUCUUUCAAACUCCGA